UAGCUCAGGAUUCCAGCAUCUGCAAUUGCUUGUGUCACCAAUCCCACAGCCCUGUUCCAAUGAAGGGCCCAGAUGCAGUGAAUUCUAUUGUCUCUGGGAUGCAGGUGCAUGUCAUAAGUCCUGGUAAUGUGACCUCUCAACUUGAGCCUGGCAGUAUGUGCUUUAUGUCUUAUUGAAUGGCCGACUGCUUUCAUUAUAAUCCCAAUUGGGGAAUAAUUUAUUUUGCCAAGAGGGUGGUGAAUCUGUGGCAUUCACCACAGACAGCGAUGAAGGUCAAGUCAUUGAGUAUUUUAAAGCAAAGGUUAACGGGUUCUUGAUUAGCACGGGUAUCAAAGGUUACACGGGGUAAGAAGGCCGGCGAAUGGGGUUGAGAGGGAAAAAUCGAUCGGCCAUGAUCAAAUGGCAGAGCAGACUCAAUGGCCUGAAUGGUCUUCAUCACAAUAUCAGAGGGAAGGAAUGAUCAGGAUGCAAGCAAUACACAAGCCUUGUGUUCCUCAAUUCCUUUAACAUCUCUAUCAUUCUUUGCUUGAAUAUACUCAACGAGUGAGCCUCCACGAUCCUCCUGUGAGCUGGAGCAGUAAGUUUCCGCAGCUAAUGCUUGUGCUGUUUGUCACCACCACACAAGUCCAACAAGAGUGCUCUUUUUAUUCUCCAGACUCCUCUCUCCUGCAACUCCCUCCUGUUAACUUCUGUGUGCAAAUCCAGUGGUGCUCCUUGGUUGAGUUAUGCUUUCUAUGAAUUAUCUACUUGUAGAUAAUUCACAAAAUAUCAGAAUGCUGGCUAAAAUCCCAUUCCUUUGGGAUGCUUUCCAUUAUUAGGGUGGCUCGGUCACAGGGAGACUAAAAGGACAAAGGGCGGCAUGGUGGUGCAGUGUAGAGUUGCUGCCUUACAGCGAUUUCAGUGCCAGAGACCCGGGUUUUAUCCUGACUACAGGUGCUGUCUGUACGGUGUUUAGUACCCUCUCCCCGUGACCGCAUGGGUUUUCUCCGAGAUCUUCGGUUUCGGGCUUGUAGGUUAAUUGGCUUGGUAUAAGUGUAAAAAGUGUCCCUAGUGUCGGGUAGUGUUAGUGUGCAGGGGUCGCUGAUUGGUGCGGAUUUGGUGGGCCGAAGGUCCUCUAUCUCUAAAACUAAAAACGUUGGUGCAAGGAAGAUAAAAGCAGGAGGUUCUGCUAAUUGUGCCACAGCUUCAAUACUGCCUACAUGUCUUGCUGUCACGUUACAGGAAUGAUGUGAUCUCAAUGGAGGAGGUGUGGCGCUGACUUGGAUAUGAGAACCGCUGCCUCGUGGCACUGGAGACCAGGGUUUGGAACUAAAUCGCAGAAUGGAGGGCGAGGUCAGUUUAGAUUCGGUCUAUCAAGCUGUCCAAGCUUUGUACCAUCACCCAGAGCCGCAGGGUAAAGAGAGAGCUUCAGCCUGGCUGGGCGAAUUCCAGAAGUCGAUGUUCUCGUGGCAGAUAUCCGACCAGCUGCUGAGACUCCAGCGUGACAUCGAGUCCUGCUACUUUGCUGCCCAGACCAUGAAGAUGAAAAUCCAGUACUCGUUUUACGAGCUGCCCCCGGAGAUGCACUCGUCACUCCGUGACUCACUGCUCACGCAUCUGGAGAGCCUGAAGGACUUGUCCCAGGCCAUCGUUACACAGCUGGCUCUCGCUGUCGCUGACCUUGCCAUACAGAUGACAUCGUGGAAGAGCUGUGUCCAGAUGCUAAUUGAGAAGUACGGCAACGAUGAAUCUGCCCUACCGUUCCUGCUGGAGAUUCUGACGGUGCUGCCGGAGGAGGUGCACAGUCGCUCACUGCGAGUCGGCACCAAUCGAAGGACGGAGGUCAUCGAGGACCUGGCUUACCAUGCCAGCCUGGUGAUCGGAUUAUUGACAGCCUACAUGGAACGUUGCAGCCACGAUGAAAAGCUGGUGGUUAAAGUUUUCCGGUGCCUGAUGAGCUGGAUCAACCUGGGCAUCCUGCACACCGACCACAUUGCCAACAGCCAGCUACUGGUGGCUCUCUUCCAGGUCCUUAGGCACAACCAGACAUCCUCCAACCUGCACGAGGUAGCUAGCGAUUGUGUGUGUGCGGCAUUGUACGCCGUUGAAGGUUUGCAGGAGAGUCUGCGUUUGGCACUGCAGCUCCAGGAGGGAGUGAUGGCUCUCGAGGAGGCUUACCACAAUGCUGUCGCCUGUGAGGACAUGGACAAGGCAUUGAAUUACUGCCGCAUUUUCACUGAGCUGGCAGAAACGUUGCUGGAGAUGGUGAUCCGUUCACCAGGACAGGGACUGGGCGACCUUAAAACACUCAACCUCAUCUUGAACUGUGUUGGGCACGAGCAGUACGAGGUGGCGGAGAUCACGUUCAACUUCUGGUAUCGGCUGGCAGAAACACUACACAAGCUGAAGGAUCCCUCGGUCAAUCAGAUUUUCCGGCCGUAUUUCCAGAGGCUCACUCAGUCCCUCACCUUCCACUCUCAGAUGGACCCUGACCACGAAGGAGUUCUUGAUGAGGCAGAUGAUUUCUUUGAGUUCAGGCUACGCGUUUCCGACUUGCUGAAGGAUGUUAUUGUCCUCAUCGGAGCUUCAGAGUUUUUCCUGCAGCUAUAUUCAACACUGAAGGAAGGCAGCACAGCCUGGGAGGAGACGGAAGCCGUGCUCUUCAUCAUGACCGCGCUGGUCAAAAACCUAAACCCGGAAAAGGAACUGCGGCUGGGAGAUGUGGUCCAGGCUGUGAUCAAUCUCCCUGACAACACACACCUCGCAGUGCAGCAUUCUGGAGUGCAGCUCCUGGGCGAGUUGGGAGAAUACAUCAAUGGCAAUGUGCACUGCCUCGAGCCGGUGCUGAAUUUCCUGACACAGCGCCUGAAGCAGAGGGAGCUGGCGAACGCCGCGGCGAAAGCGAUCCAGAGCGUCUGCACCAUGUGCAGUGACCCGAUGACCCGGCACUUCGAGGGGCUGCUGCAGGUGGCCUCGUCCCUGGACGCCCUCCCCAUCUCGCACGACUCCUCCAUCGGACUGCUUCGAGGCAUUUUUUUGGUGUUGGUUCGGAUGCCGUCAGAGAAGAUCGAGGAGACCUUCCAACGCCUCUGCUCCAUGCAGGUUACUGCUCUGAAGAAACUCUUGACGUCUGACAUGACCAAUGGAAUCUCAGCAGACCCAGCAGUGUGGCUGGACAGACUGGCAGCUAUAUUCAGACACACAAACACUGUGGUGGUGGAGGGCAGGCCACAUCCCUUUCAGAAAGUCAUCCAGGAGAUCUGGCCAGUGAUCUCGGAAACCCUGUACAGGCACCAGGCUGAUAAUCGGAUGGCCGAGAGAUGCUGUCGCUGCCUGCGUUUUGCAAUCAGAUGCGUGGGAAAAGGAUCUGCCAUGUUGAUUCAGCCUCUGGUCUCUCAGAUGGUGAGUGUGUACCAGUCCCACCAACACUCUUGCUUCCUGUACCUGGGUAGUAUUUUGGUGGAUGAAUAUGGCAGUGAGGAGAGUUGCAUGCAGGGUCUGCUGGAGAUGAUGCAGGCAUUUUGUGGGCCAACAUUCCAUCUUCUAGAACAACCUAGAGGGUUCCAGAACCAUCCGGACACAGUGGAUGAUCUUUUCCGCUUGGCAACAAGGUUCAUUCAGCGGAGCCCGGUGGUGUUGAUCCAAAGCCCAGUGAUGUCUCUGAUCAUCCGAUGUGCGUUGGCAGCAACCACGCUGAACCACCGCGAUGCAAACUCCAGCGUGAUGAAGUUCCUGCAGGAUCUGAUUCACGUGGCUACCAUCAAUGAGCACAGGGACGACUUUGAGCUGCGGAAGAACCUGGUGCACGGGUUCCUGGGGGAGAGUGGGGCGCUGCUGGUGGCACAGCUGGUCCAGGCCUGCUGCUUCUACCUGGUGCCCAGCAUGCUUGGUAACGUGGCCGACGUCUUGUGGGAGCUCCGCAUCUUUGACUGCAAGACCUUCUGUCAGUGGCUGGAAGACGCUCUGAUGAGCCUGCCCAAGGAGCUGCCGGCCGGGGCUAUCACCGCCACAGAAAAACAAGUCACAGAGUUCCACAAACAGGUCAUGUGUGCUGAAGAUGCUGCAAUGAUAGGCUGGUCUUUAAUGGAAUUCUCCGGCUUCUACAGAUAGCAUCCGGACUUAACCGUGGACUUGCAAUCUUUGUAGGACAUUCCUUGCCAGCACACAGACAUCACGAGAGGAUUCCAGUAGUCGGUGCUCUACACGACUGGAAAGGGAGCGAGCAGAGGGGUGGCUGGUCUUGGCUGCAAGCGCGGGAGCUGGGGGCGGGGUGGUUGGGAGGGUGAGGUUAGAGGGCAGGUCGUGGCUUCAGCAGCAGGAGGGUGGCAGAAGUGGGGUCUUGUUUGUCGUACGUCGGUUCGAUUCAUCAAUUGUUUGUGUUCCGUUGCACCUUGUUUUUAAUUUUUGCCGCCUGCAACUUGCCAGCACGGAGACGGGCUCGUUCUUGUUGGUCCGCCACUGGGACACACAGUUGUUCAGUCAUUCACCAGGAGUCGAUGCCAGUGUGCCAUAACGCUUGCUGGCAAGUUGCCUGAGGAAGCAUGCUGUCGAGGGCAGGGAAAUGAUUUUAACCCUAAAUACCAAAAUGUGAAAUACUAGCACUAGAUUGUCACCUUGACUUUACCAUUCUUGACUGUGUUGAGCCAAUAUUAAAUUUAGUAAAUAGCUGCAGGAGUAGGCUAUUCAGCCCUUCGAACCAGCACCGCCAUCCAAUAUGAUCAAAUCAUCCAAAAUCUGUACCCCGUUCCUGCUUUCACCCCAUAUCCCUUGAUUCCAUUAGUCCGAAGAGCUCUAUCUAUCUCUCUCUCUCUCUCUUGAGUAUGUUAUUAGUUUUAACUGGACGCAGCGUAUCAAUAAUUGUGAGUGUAAUCAGGCGGAGAUGCCUCAUUGAUGAAACUCUUGGCCCAGACUGUGUGUGUGCAUCACUCGCCUACUGAACCCCAUGAACCAGAGCCCGACCUCCUCUCUUCCCAGAGAGGCCAGGGGUUGCAGAAGAUGCAGGAGCUGAGGCUGGUGUUUCCGUACAGCAGCAAAGCUGUGUGGUCCAGGUGUCAACACAUUCUCCCACUCGCCAUUCACGAGUGAUUUUCAGGAAUUAAAUUUAACUCCCAAUUUUAAGGGCGCUCUUCCUCCUUCAGCGCCCAUCUAAAAGCAUUUGUCAUUCAUCUCUCAACGAAACAAAACAUGAAUUGAUCCGUGUCCUUUGCUUAUUGCUGUGAGCUGCUGUGUCUCUCAACGCGGGUGACUGGUUUUGGCUGCCAAGAUUGAGUCCAACAAGGUGGCUGGACAAUUGCAAGCUUGUUCCUGCUGUCAGAGUCCACGCAGAGUUGCUCCCUCUGCCUCUCCAACCAUCUACCUGGUGCCAAAGCAGACCCGGCUUGGUGGGAUUUCAUGGACCCUCCAUCUGCCUGCUGCCCGGAUUCUUUACAGGAACGGUGCUGCCCCCUCCUCUCCCGCCCCCCGACAUUAUCUUUCUGCACGAGCCGGCAAAAAAAGCUGCCUGGUCCUUCCUUCCUUCCUUACUACACACUGCGUGACACUACUUGUUUACCGGCUACGGACCCCUGCUGCCACACCAAGUCAGGGCUGAAGACCAUGUACUGAGGGCGAUGUUGAAUGUUCGCAGCUGGGUUUAGAAAGGAGUGGGGUGGGAGUGUGUGGGGGGGGGAAGAGUGACCAGGAGGGGUGUUGGGGCUGGUCUAGGAGCAGUGUGUGUGUGUGUGUGUGUGU